AUGAAUAUUAUCAGAUCAAACGAGACAUUCUACACGAUAAAUCUCAUAUUCUUCUACGUCGUUGGUCCCUUAUCUCUAACGUUUAAUGCUUUGCUGCUUUAUAUGAUUUUCACAAGAACACCAGUGAAGUUUAAUGAGUUGUCGCUUCUGCAGGCCAAUAUUGCCAUUAUGGCUAUCAUUGGUGCAAUUUCGAUGAUGCUGUCACAGCAUAGGUCUUUAUCAGUGUCGGAUUUCAUUGCAGAAGCACUUGGUCCAGUGAAAUAUAUUGGUACUCCAUCGAUAAGCAGCCACAUCGCUUAUUUCCUGUUUUGGCUAAAUAUGUGCCUACCGUCUCUAACGUUAAUUAAUAUAGCUGUUAUACUCGGUAUCCAGCAUCGAGCGCUUACCAGCACCUCUCCCACAAAAAGCUUCAAGUGGAUUCGAAUUUUUUUCAUCGCCACGUACAUCUUUGCUAUUUCACAAGCGGUAUCUUUAUUUGUUUUGCUAAUAUAUUUUUCAUCGGCCUUGACUUAA